AUGGACUUAGAUUUUAUUUUCUUUCCUGCUCCUAAAGAGACAUUAGAUAAUGUGUAUUUUGAUGAAGGUAGAAUAUUGUGGAUACCAAAACAUUCAGCAUUGUAUCCAAACUUUUAGAAUUAUGUUAAAAGAAAAACAAAUAAAAAUAUGGUUAUUUUUUUAAGACAAUCAACCCAACAAGUAGAAGAAGAAUAAUUAGCUUUAAUUGAUGAUUAAAAGUAAAUAUUUCUAAAAUUCAUAGUGAAUUACAAAAAUAACCAAUACCUUAAUUUCCAAAUAUUCAUCACUCCAAUAAAUAAAAUUUAGUUAAAAAUAUUUAGGUUGAAGAUAAAGAAAUAGGAUCACUAGAAUUUGAAUUAACCGACUAAGAAGAGGAUUUAUAAGAUAAAAUAUCAAAAUUAAAUUAGGAAUCUGUUUACAACAUAGGCAAAUCUAAGAUUAAUAAUAUUUAAUAAAAUUCAUUCAUGCGAAAUAAAAAAAGGGAAACUACAAGUAAAAGUUCUCAACAUUUUCUUUAAUUCAAUUAAAAAUAGGAAACUACUAUAUAAUAAAUAAAAACUCGUCAAAGAGAUGGAAAGGUAAUUGGAUAUAUACCUAGUUUGCUUAUCAAAUAUGAAAAUUCAUCAAAUAUCAUAGUGUAUUUUCAUGGAAAUGCUGAAGAUAUCAGCCAAUCCUAUGCAUUUUUGAUACAUCUUCGUAAUGUUUUGUAAUUAUUACUAUAUCAUAGUAAGAAAAGAUUUCAGUUUUGGCAGUAGAAUACCCAGGUUAUGGAAAAUAUAAUUAAGUUCAAACUUCUGCUGA